AUGGCCAGCAUAAAUCCCUCGGACUUGGUUACCAUUUCUGGCGCUUACGGAUCGAGGAUUUCUCUUCCCUUUGUGCCUGGAUAUGAAGGAGUUGUAGUAGUCGAAUCUGUCAGCGAUGGAGUCUCUGAGUCGAAGGUGGGACAAAGAGUAUUACCAUUGGGGAGCUCGGGGACCUGGCAGGACGUCAAGGUCACUGAAAAGUUAGUCACUGGAAAGGAAUCGUGUUCUAGCGUUCCAUCUGACCUGACCGACGAACAGGCGGCAAUGGCAUAUAUCAAUCCGCUGACAGCUCAGAAGAUAGUCGAAAAAUACGCACCCAAGAAACAGGACACAAUCGUGGCUGUCAAUGCCGCAACGUCUGCAAUCGGCCAAAUUCUCAUUCGUAUGCUCAACAAAAAAGGCCUGGAGCCCGUCGUCUUGGUCAGACGUUCCGACGCAGGAGAACAGCUGAUGAGAGAGCUAGACGUGGCAGCUGUGAUCUGCAGUUCGGAAGAAGCCAGUCUCCCACAAAAGCUGUAUGAAUUGACCCGUAGCCGUGGUCUCGCGGUUGCAUUCAACGCGGUUGGCGGAUCUGAAGGUGACGAUUUGGUUCGCACGCUGAGCCCAAAAGGAGUUCUUGUCCACAAUCGUCUCCUUUCUGGCAGAGCUCUAUCAUAUGAACUGCUCAAGGAGUGCCCCUGGGCGAGGAUUGAACUUUUUAGACUCAGGGAUUGGGCUCGCGUAAAGGGACACGACGAGGUACAAAGUGCUUUGGAUGAGAUCUUCGAAAUGAUUCGCGAUGGCACUGUGGCUACAAAAGUAGCAGGAGUAUGUAUAGCUUAUCAGAGUCCUGACAGGGAUUGA